UGCUGCCGCCGCCGUCCGUUCGCCGCGCCUGCCGCCGCUGCCCGGUGAGCGCCCGGGCGGCGGGGGGCUGGGCGGAGUUGGAUCGCACCUCCUCGGCUGAGCUUUUUCCCUCCUUCCCAAUCGAAUCUGGGCGCCAAGCCCCCCGAGUGCUCGUCACGCUGGACCCUGGCGCGGAGCCCUGGCGUCACGACCCGGAGACUGACACUCUUUCCUGGAGUCACCCAGGGGAGAUGGAGCCAUCUCAGUGUGUGGAGGAGCUGGAGGAUGAUGUAUUCCAACCAGAGGAGGGGGAGCCUGGGACCCAGCCCGGGGGCUUGCUCUCUGCUGACCUGUUUGCCCAGAGCCAGCUGGACUGCCCCCUCAGCCGGCUUCAGCUCUUCCCUCUCACCCACUGCUGUGGCCCUGGGCUUCGACACACCAGCCAGGAGGACAAGGCAACUCAGACUCUCAGCCCAGCCUCCCCAAGCCAGGGUGUCAUGCUGCCUUGUGGGGUGACCGAGGAACCCCAGCGACUCUUUUAUGGCAAUGCUGGCUACCGGCUCCCUCUCCCUGCCAGUUUCCCUGCAGGCUUGCCACUUGGGGAGCAGCCCCCUGAAGGGCAGUGGCAACAUCGAGCAGAGGUACAGAUUGCCCGAAAGCUUCAGUGCAUUGCAGACCACUUCCACCGGCUUCAUAUGCAGCGGCACCAGCAGAACCGAAAUCCUGCGUGGAGGCAGAUUCUCCAAUUCCUGCACCACCUUGCUGUGAACGGGGAGGAGAACAGGAAUGGGGCAGGUCCUAGGUGAGACUGGGCUGCCCUCUUCACGUGGAGCACCAGGAGCACGGUCUGGAAUAGGAAGGACACCGGGGAGGACUGGCACUGUGUCUUGUGAAGUUGUUUUUUGUUGUUUUGUGUUUUUAUUUUUAAGAUUUCUUUCCAUGUGUACAUAAGACAUACCCAAACGGGACCUGCCUUUCCUCGUUCAAGGCCUCCACCAGGAACUAGGAACGGGGGCCUUGGUCAAACACUGUUGAUGUGUCUGUGAUUGUGGGACCUCCCACAGGCUCUGACAAGUAGAUUCUUCAGUCAGCAGUUGUUGAAAACGACCAGUUAGUGCUGUCCUCUGGGGAGUGGACUGUAGCUUUUCCCCAGGAACUCGGUUAAGAAAAAGGAGACUCAACUGGACUCCCAAUUCCACCAGACCUAUCAGUCUUCCACCGUGAAUGGGGCUGUGAUCUCGAUGGUAACACUGCUUGACCCUACCAGGGCUUCAGCCAGGGACUUUCCAGCUGAGUAUGGCAACUUCACUAGGCCGGUCAGCCGCCUCCAUGUCUGGGUUCUGAUUUGGCCCAGCCAGUGCCCACCUCAAGGGCUCAGGGAUUCUUGCCCAGCCGCUGUCAUAUCCAGCAGACCUCAGGGAGGGUUGGGUUUCUUCAAGGACCCCUCAAAUGUGCCGUCAAGUGAACCAAACUUCUGGGUAGGCCUCAAAUCUGACCUGGUCUCACUUGGAGGGCCCAGGAUUGGUCCUGACGUGCAGAGCCACCGCAACGUCUGGCUGCCUAGGACCGACUGGCUGGGUGUCAAUCAUGGAUGCUCUGAAUAGCCAAUCAUCGUGCUGUGGCAGCAGCUUGUGCCUUUGUCAGCUCCUCCUUCAAAACACCCAGCCACCCACUGCACUGCACCCCCUGUAGGGCAUAAAGGGACAGGUUUGCAGCCUGGGAAAUGUGGCGGCUGUCCCACCCAUAAUUAACAGUCAGCCCUAGAGGAACCCAGACCCCUUGGUUUCCUUGGAAACCACGUACCUCCUCCUCCUUUCCCCAUUCCUUUUUCACACCUGGUGGGAUACAGGAAGAAGCCAGGACAGUGGCUUUGUCAGCUGAAAUGUGUCUUUUAGAGUCACAGACAAUGAUCAGAGUGGAACCGUCAAAGCUGGGGACACAUUUCCUGUCUUCCUUCAGCUUCGGGCUGGGCCAGAAGGCACACUCUGGAACUCAGCAGGAGCACCGCUGCCUCUGAACUUCUUCCUUUCUCUCCCUGCUGUGGCACUAAUGGAGAGAAUUUAAAGCAGCCCCGUCUGGUCUGGCAGGUCUGAUAGCAGACCUGUCUGAAAAGACACAGGGAAUCUGCUAACCAGAUAUCUAGGAAUUAAAUUAUAACUUUUGCAUUUCUAAGAAAAGAAAACAUUGGUGCUAGAGGUGAAGCAAGACCCAAAGAAAAGGUGGCUUCCUUGGGCAGAGAAGACCCCAGGGGCUACCUAAGGAAAUUGGAGGAGGAAUCCAAAAUGGACUCUCAUAUCUGAACAAGUCCAUGCUCCUCUGAUUCUGCAGAGAGGAGGUCUUCAGUGCUGUUGAAGGGGGCAUUGAUCUGGAUGUACAGUCGGGCAGGCUGUUCACUGCACAAGGGCACAUACAGAGGGAGCUAGUGGAGGCUGAAAUCCAGCCUGUGCUCUGCUAAGUUAUAUGCCUUGAUGUGGGCUGUUUCUGCCCAGAAAAAGGGGUGCCUUUUCCUGUUUUGCACAAAGGUGCCAUAUGGACUCACAGUGGCUCUGAGGAGAACAUCAAACUGUGUAUAAGCCUUGUUUUGUUCUGCUUGGAUGUUCUGGAGGUAUUACCUCUUUUUGGCCAGAAUUAUAUUCUCAGGGUGUGUACCAUGGUUUGUCUGCUAUGAAGGUGAGUUUCUGCUUACAAGGAGAAGGAGCCCAGGGGACAGGCAAGAAGGCUGGCUCUGGGACACGCUGACCGUUGUGAAAUCCAGCCUUCCCUGCAUGUCUCUGUACCAUUUUAUGAUAUAUAUGUAAGAAAUGUGUUUUCUCCUCUCCUGGAGCAAGGCUGUGAUGAGCAGGUUGCUGAUGUGUGCUCGGGCUGCACACACAAGGAAAUCAGGAUUACUUAUACCGGCCGCUUUGAACCCCUCUUUGGAGACUUUCCACCUGAGCUUUCCACACGUGCAUAAGUGUGUGAGCUCAGAUGGUCUAGGCCUUGGUACUGAGGCACAGCCAUCAGCUUCAGAGACCUGGGCAGGCCCAGCCUGGAUGCCCUGUGGCUUGCACGGAGAACUGAACCCCGAGUUUGACAAGCCCACUGAACACUGAGUCUGGAGCCAGGUGGAAGGUGGUCUGACUGCAUUGUCCAUCCAGUGCAAGGCCAGGAACUAACUCACUGUUCUUAGUCAAGCCAGGGCAAAAUUUAAAGUGUCCACUACUCUUACUCUCCCUCCCCUGCCAAAAAAAAAAUCCCAGGAGGUAGCUGGCAGAAUAGCCCCAGGAGGCAGCAAGGUUCCUCCUGGCUGGCUGUUUUAAUUGGCCUAGUCAUCUACACUGGUCCCUUCCCCCUCCCUGGUGAGCUGGCCAGAACUUUCAGCCUCAGGAGACAGCCCCUCUGCCUGGGCCCCUGCCCCCACCCCCGGGGGCCUGGCUGUCUCCUGUUAGGGGGUGGGGAAUAAGGUUUAGAAGAGGGGAGAGUCUGACCUGGGUCCUGACCUGUGACCAGCUAAAGAUUUGUGGGGCUUUUGUGACUUGCUGGGGUGGGAAGGGGGACUGAAAACCUCCCUCCUCCGUGGAGAAAUGCCCUGGAGAAAGGGAAGCCUGAUAUUCAUGGUCAGAACAGCCGUUCUAAUUCAGAAACCCAGAGUAGAAGUCUCUAGAAGUCAGUAGACACAGCUGGGGAGAGAGCCCCCCAGGCCAGACAUCUUACUCCCCCAGGGAGGCUGGAGGAGGACUUAGCCUGGCCUCUGCUCUUUCAAAGUCUGGACUGCUGGAGAGCUGCUCCCCAGCCCCGCAGUGGCCUUCCCUUGCUCAAUCUGAGGUAGAAAAAGAUCACCUCUCUGUGACCUCCAGCCCCCAAGGAGUGGGUCUGUGUCCAGAGCUUAUGAGGCCUGUUCAGAGGGGCCAGGCUGACCUGUCUCGGCCAGAGAAACCCACCCCCACCCCCAGUCCCAGCUCCAGCCUUGGCAUGGGGGUGUGUUUGGGACUCCAAGAGGGUCGUCAUCACCUCAAAGCCUCCUGGGAAGGGGCCAGGGGAGCCACUGUGACUGUCCUGGUUAACCAGAGAGCUUGUCUCUUUUCAGGGGACUUGAGGGGGCAGAGAGCAGCAGAAGCAUGAAGACUUCUGUUGGUACCCGUGGGUCUGCAGAUCUGUGGGGCUUCCUGCCAAUCAGUGCUACAGUGGGGCUGGAGGAAGCUGUGGGGUCCCUCUGUGUAGGUGGGGACCCUUGGGAAGAGGCCACUCUGGCUGGACUCUUUCAGGAAGGGGUUAACCUGUCAGCCUGUGAAGCCUCCAGGAGACACUGUGGGCAUUGGGUGGACUUAGAGCUGGUGGGGACUUGAGGCUUGAAGAAAAAGCAAAAAAAAAGGCGAGCUCAUCUGUACAUAUGCCAGCAUCCAGUGUGAAGGGUGUGGUGCUUACCAGGCAGCUGCCAGCUCCUGGGCCACAUCGCCCCUCUGUGCAGGUGGCCACCUCUCCCUGCCCGGUGAGCACUGCCCAGCAGCCUGUCCUGUCCCGGGACCCACAGGUGCUGUCCAGGAGGAGACCCACUGAGAAUGUAGCAUUUUGUUCAUCCCUGGGUUAAUUGCCCUGGGGUCUCUGGACACUGCCUCUGGGAGACGGCACAGGGAAAGAGAGGGAGGGUAAUGGGAACCUUUUUUUUUGUUGUUACCUGUACAGAGUAUUUGGCUUUAUGUUCUUCACAUGCAUACGUGUGUGUAUCUUUUCCCGUGUCGGUUGGUACAGUUUUUAAUAAAACCAUUUAAAGCAAA